UGUUUAAGAAAAAAGCGUCUAUAUUUUGAUUAAUAGUUUUAAAAUAUAUAUAUAUAUAUAAAUUGUCUAAUAUUAAUUCGACGGCUUAUGAUGUCUCAAUUUAACUUUUUUAAAGAAAUUAACAGUGCUCUAACAAUGGACGGUGAAUUAACUAAAGGCCCAGUUCCUCGUUGGCAAAAAAAAUUAGAAGCUUCGGAGGCGAAUUCUAGCUUAAAUGUUACAAGAUCGGGUUUGUCUGCCGCUUAUAACCCAAAUUUGUCGGGUACGAGCGUAGCUACAAAAACGCCGGGUAAAUCAUGGGAUACAAAAAAAAAGAAAAGCCAAACUCCAAACAAAGGUCCCAAAACGCCUGGAGGCGGCGGUGAUCGUUUCAUACCAAACAGAGGUUCCACCAAUUUUGAAUUGGGCCAUUAUUUAUUGAAACAAGACCAAGAGAAAUCAGAAAAUGACGAAGAAAAUGAGGGCAAUUCUAACGCCAACGAUGAUAAACCGACUCCGGCGAAGCUCGAGCAUCGAAAAUUGAUAUCAGACUCUAUGCAAGUGGCAGAUAGUAAAACUACAAGGAUUCUCUCGUAUCAGAACAAGGCUCCACCUGCUCCUGAAUUUCACGUCAAUCCUCUUAAAGUAGUGUACACGACAAAAACCCCAUUGUCUACGAAAAGUGGUUCUCGUUAUAUACCAACCACCUCAGAACGCAUUUUAGAUGCUCCAGAUAUUAUAAACAAUUUUUAUUUGAACCUUUUGGACUGGAGUACCGAUAAUAUUGUAACAGUAGCAUUGGGCAGCUGUGUUUAUCUUUGGAAUGCGGGUACUGGUAGCAUUCAAGAAUUGGUAGAAUAUGAAGAUGGUGACCAUGCGUGCGCUUUAUCUUGGAUACAAGAUGGGCAAAUUCUUGCUAUUGGCAACAAAAGCGGUAUUGUAGAAUUGUGGGACUGUGCUAAAGUAAAGCGUCUUCGUGUAAUGGAUGGUCAUUCGGCCAGGGUCGGAAGUCUCGCUUGGAAUUCAUAUCUUGUUUCAUCAGGUAGCCUCGAUGGGGCAAUCGUACACCACGAUGUACGAUCUCGUGAUCAUAAAGUCAACACUUUAAACGGUCACACUCAAGAAGUGUGUGGACUUAAAUGGUCAACCGACUAUAAAUAUUUAGCCAGCGGAGGCAAUGACAACUUAGUUAAUGUAUGGACUGCCGUUAAUGAAGGCGGUAUAAGUACAGCUAAUGAACCUCUGCACGUCCUUAAUCAGCACCAAGCGGCUGUGAGAGCAUUGGACUGGUGCCCAUGGCAGCCUAAUGUAUUAGCUUCUGGUGGCGGCACGGCUGAUAGGUGCAUAAAAUUUUGGAAUGUCAAUAACGGUAGUUUACUUAAUUCGGUAGAUACAAAAUCUCAAGUUUGUGGUCUACUGUGGUCGCGUACAUAUAAGGAGUUAAUAUCGGCUCAUGGUUUUGCAAACAACCAAUUAACUAUAUGGAAGUAUCCAAGCGUGGUUAAACAAGCUGAACUUACUGGCCACACCUCGCGCGUUUUACAAUUGGCUUUAUCGCCUGAUGGCAGUACUGUUAUUAGUGCUGGUGCUGAUGAGACUUUACGAUUAUGGAAUUGUUUUGCUCCCGAUCCACACACAACCAAAAAACCUAGUUCCGCAUCCAAGAAACCAAAUCAAAGCGCGUUUCGUCAAAGCAUACGUUAAGUUGCUUAAAUUUUAUAAAUCUAUUCGUAUGAUUUAAUUUUUAAAAUUUUUGCGUGUUAUCCAAUUUUACAUAUCAUACCCAUUAUGUUUUAAUAGUACUCUCUCUUUUUUACACUUUAAUUUUUUACGUUUUAUGAGAAUUAUUUUUUUUUUAAGUUGUGAUUUUGUUUGGACAAAUGUAA